AUUUUUUCCCAUCGCCAUGACUUUCGAGCACGGGGCAGAUGUUGCUGGUCCCUCUGGUGGUGAUGACAAGUCGGUCUACAAGACCAACUCGGAGGAGGUUUUUGUCUCUGGAUCUGGAGACCAUGAUGCUGUCUAUGGUGUUGGUGGUGUUGGUCACACGCAUCGUAGAUUAAAAGCACGACAUGUCACUUUCAUCGGAUUUGGUGGUGGUAUUGGAACGGGUCUUUUCGUUGGAACCGGAAGUGCCUUGGCCUCUGCAGGACCUCUCGGUCUCUUGCUGGCCUACUCUGUGGUUGGUCUGAUUCUGUGGUGUGUCAUGGAAUCUGUUGGCGAGAUUGCUACACUGGUAGUCUCUGCAGCAGCGGUUGUGGUAUCAUACUGGACAGACAUUACACCUGCAGUGGUCAUCACAGUUGGUCUUGCUGCAAUCUUGGCCAUCAACUUGAUGAACGUUCGCUUCUUUGGUGAGGCUGAAGUCAUCACCGCAUCCAUCAAAAUUUUGUGCUUUUUGGGCCUGGUCAUUGUCUCGAUUGUCAUCACCUCUGGAGGCGCACCCGACCACGAAUCUAUUGGCUUUAGGUAUUGGAGGCACCCAGGACCUUUCACUGAUUACAAUGGCAUUAAAGGAAACACUGGUCACUUCCUGGCAUUCUUCAGUGCUUUCAUCAACGCCAGUUUCUCCUACAUUGGUGUCGAGACUGUCAUUGUCGCAGCUGCCGAGACCAUGAACCCCCACAAGGCUAUCCCUAAGGCCGUCCACCGUGUCACCUACCGUAUUCUCUUCUUUUACGUCUUGGGCACGCUCCUCAUUGGAAUGAUUGUUCCUUCCAACGAUCCCGACCUCGUUUCUGGUUCUGGAAAUGCAAACUCUUCUCCUUGGGUCAUUGCCAUUAAGAACUCUGGAAUCACCGUUCUACCAUCUAUCGUCAACGCUUGUAUUCUGGUCUCUGCAUGGUCUGCUGGAAACAGUUACUGCUACAUUGGAUCGCGUAUGCUCGUCGCUCUGGCCGCAGACCGCCAAAUGCCGCAAUUCUUCGCCAAGGUUAACCGUCAAGGUGUACCUUACUGGGCCGUCCUCGCUUCCUUUGCUUUCGGUCCCCUCGCCUACCUCUCCCUGGGCUCGGGCGGUGCAUCGCAAGCCUUCACCUGGCUACUCAACCUCAGCACCGUCGCCGGCCUCCUCGCCUGGAUGACCCUCUGCAUCUGCUACAUCCGCUACCACCACGCCUGCAAAGCCCAAAAUAUCGACCGCAACGCUCUACCCAUGAAGGGACGCCUGCAACCCCUCGCCGCCUACGUCGGCGCCAUCGGCAGCGGCAUCAUCACAAUCUUCUCUGGCUUUAGCGUCUUCCUCAAGGGCAACUGGGAUACUGGAUCCUUUUUUGCUUCCUACAUUGGCAUUGCGAUUUAUAUCAUUCCGUAUGUGGUGUGGAAGAUUGUCAAGAGGACGCGUAUCGCCAGGGCCAGCGAGAUUGAUCUGUGGUCUGGGCGAUUCGAUCCCAGAGGUGCGGUCAAGGAGAAAGAGCCAGUGACCAAGUGGGAGAAAUUCUUGGAUUGGUUGUUA